AUGACCAUCAACCCGUUCGACGACGCCAUGUCCGUUCCCCGCAGGGCCUCCCGCCACCGCCCCCGCUCGCCAACCAAGCGCCAUCGCGCCUACUCACCCUCCACCCGCGCAGACGACAUCUCCCGCCUGCUCGAUCCCGCCUACGCCUCACCUACUUCCUCCUCCCGCCGCGCAGAAGGUGUCUAUGUCGACCACCGCGGCGAGCUGCACGAUCCAGACUUCAAGCUCUUCCCGCCGCUGCCCAAGCCCAAGGCUCCGCGCUGGGAACGCGAGGAGAGCGUAGAUGACCUCGACGCGCUUGACGACGACGACGAGCCGCGCGAGACGCGUCGGUACACCCCCUCCCCAUCAUACACCCCCACCUACUCCGCACCCUCAUCCUACACGCGCGUGUCGCAGUACCCAACCGUGCUCCCCGCGUCGUACGACUCGGAGGACACCGUGCUCGGCAGUAUCGCGCCUUCCUUCGACGAUGAGAAGCAUCCCAAGAGCCGCCGCUCGGCGCUCAAGCUGCGCAUGCGCCGCCGCCGGCGCGAUACGGACGCGACUGCGGUUACUGUUGAGGAGGAGGAGCCCAGUCCCGCCGACACGCCAUCGCCGCAAACGCCACCGUCGCUCCUGACGCCCGAGUUGCCGCGAUCACUGUACCCACAACAUCCGCCCUCUCCGCGCCGUGCCCGCCGCGCGUCGAUUGAGGAGAUGUCCCCGCCGGUAUACGAUGAAGAGGAGGAUAUCGAGGAGGAAGUCGAUGAGGAGGAAGAGGAGGAGCCCGCGCCACAUUCCCCCGAUACGGAGGAGACGCCCAGCUGCACCAAGGCGCUGCGCCUCCAGUGGCAGACGUUCACCCUGCGCAUGCGGUUCAGCGCGUUUCGGGUCGAACGGAAGGUCAAGCGGCGUCUCGGGCGGCGGAAGGAGAAGACGUAG